AUUCCUAUUCCGCUCAUGUCCCACAGCUGAUGGUACAAUCAAAAAUCCAAAAUCAUCAAAAAUUGUAUUGUUGUGCAAAAUUUCAAAAGCUAUAAUUCGAACCCAAUAUUUUGGGUGCCGUUGCAUGCGGUGCAGAACAUGAUAGAGAAGUGCAAAUGAUCUGCUGGAGGAGCAGCUGGAUAGUGCGAUGCAGCUAGAUCAAAAGAUGGAGGACGAGCAGCAUGAGCAAAGCUCGUCGCAGGAACGCUUUGAGUUCAGCCACCAAGCCAUGGCCCCUGAGCUAAUAAACGUGGCCAACCAGGACUGUGAUGCACUGGCAAAGCUGGCCUACAAUCUCUACAAGCUGUCCAAUGAUGACCACAUAGUCAUUGAUCGCAAGCGAAACGAAGUGAUACGCACAGAUGCCGUGACCAGUCAGAUGACCAUCUACCGCUGCCUGGAUCCCAUAGGCAUGGGAAUGCGCCCAGCGGAGAUAAAACACAUUCCUCUCAAAGUUGGUCGCCCACCGAAACGCAUUCAGACUACACAGGCAGCUGCUGUGCCUCUUCCACAGGUGCCGGCAGUGCCGACUGAGGGUACGCAUCGUACGCGUUCCGGUCGCCUUGUGCGUCCUUCAAUGCCGCAAACAGCGCCAGUUCCCACUGGCAUUGCCUCAGAGCCAACGUCCGCCCAGCUUUUGGAGGCAUUGGUGGCUGACCUACGGGACAAGGACUAUUACGCUCCGAUGCCAGCCCCAAAGAUCUCGCCCGUCAAGACUGCCGUCACCCAACGAUCUGUGCCCAAGAAUGCCAUUUGCCCGGGCUGCAACAAAAUCUUCCUUGGUCGCCGCAUGCAGCGUCAUUUUGUCAAGUUUCCCGAGCACAUGCCACGCCCAUCAGAGCAGUCGCAGCACCCGUUGCAGAAUCAGCCAACUCAAGCCGCCUCCCAGCCCCCUCAGCCGUCAUUGUUCGGUCUUCUGACCACCCAACUGCAGCGCCACUCGCACCUCAGCGAGGAGCAGCGAGCCGAUCUCUUCCUGCACGAGUUGAACGAUUUUGUGGCGCAACUGCAGCUGCGGAGCACACGCCUCAUACGCAACACCUCCGGCCUGCACUUUGUAAACGCGCGCAUUGCCCGCGUCCUGGGCAUACCCGAGGGCCAGUAUGCCUUGGACAUGUCAGCGAUGGAGUCGGCACAGGCACCCACACCGGAGCCCGAGCAGCUGUUGCACGCGGGGCCAGUUGUUGGCGGUGGGCGUAACCUGGUCGACUACACCGGACUCAGCAUGUCGCUGGAUGAUACGCUCACCGAUGAGGCAGCCCAGCGGCUGAAUCUGUCAGCGGGCGGCAAACUCCUGCCACCCUCCGAGGAGAGCCUGCUGCGAAAUGUGAGCGAUCUGAUGCAGCCCCCAGUGGCCGGUGCACCUCCCACCUUGGGACAUGGCUAUGAUCAUGCCAGCGACAAUGCCGUGGAGGCGCUAAGCAUGAAGGAGACACCCAAUGCGGCAGCCAUUCUAGAUCUCAAAGUGGACUUUUUCCAAUUCAAUCCGAAUUAGUUGGCUCUUUUGGCUGCUAUAUUUUGUCCCACCCAGCCCCACCCAACCCUCUACUCUUUAGAGUAUUUUAAUGAAUAAGAAGCAACAGAUUUGAAUCUAAUGCAAGUCCUCCAAUCCUAGGCUAGAGUCACGCGAAGUUACUUGAAAUUAUUUAUGAAGUUUCCAACAUUAAACGAUUCCCCAAUGAAUA